UCCAAGCACUCUUCUCAUACCUCCGACAGCAGGCGUUGAACGCAAGCAUUUGCAGCCGACAGGAACCCUUGGCGAACUCUUCAUUGCCGUCUUGACAGUCUUGAUAACGCCACCGAAUAUAUCAGCUAGCCAAGUACAUACAAUCAAAUAUCGGUACAUGGUGAUAGUAGUGCUGGACGAGAAUCUUAGAUACACAACAACACCCAACAUGCCGUCCACCGCCAGCAACCCCAUCGAGCAAGCUCCCCGAGGCUAUCGCAAAUACGUCAUCCCCCUCGAAUCCAACCCUGCCGUGUUCGACGAGCUGAUCCAUCGCCUUGGUGCGAGUAGCCUUCGCUUCGAGGAUGUAUACACCCUCGACGAUGCGCAGCUUCUGCAUCAAUUGUUUCCUUGCAUCCAUGCCUUCAUCCUUGUGCUACCCACCACCGAGGCUUACGAUAAAGAUGUCGAGGAACAGGACAGGCACUUGGACGAGUAUCAAGGGUACGGCCAUGGCGAGCAUGUAGUCUAUUUCAAGCAGACCAUCUACAAUGCCUGCGGCUUAUAUGCUAUACUGCACGGACUUUGUAAUGGGAGCGCCAGAGAACAUCUUGGACAGGAUAACGCACUUAGCAAGUUGCUCGCCCGAAGCAUCCCCCUCCCACCUGAGCAGCGUGCUCUUGCUCUCGAGAACGACAGUGCGCUUGAGGAGGCUUAUGUAGCAGUUGCUACUAAGGGGGAGACUCAAGCGCCAGAUGCCGAACAUGUCAUGGAUUAUCACUACAUUUGCUUUGUCCAAUCCCACAAGACAGGCCAUCUUUUUCAGCUGGACGGAGAUCGCAAGCAACCCAUCGACUUGGGGCCCUUGGACGAGCGAGGCCUACUUUCCGACUCAUGCCUUGCCGUCAUUCGACAUCUGAUCACCGAGGAGGAGGGCGCACAGAUGGGGGUAAAUCUGAUGGCAUUGGUUUCUGAUUCUCCGCCCGCUUAA